GCUCGCAUUGAAUCGGCCCUAACGAUUCUCGGAUCGUCAUUAUUUGUAACCAUAGAGCAUGAAUUACCUCUUGAGGUCAUCAGCGAGAAUUUACGACUGGUCAACAAAAGCACGUGAUUCCCUAACGCCCCCCCAUCCCCCUUCCACCCCCCCCCCAUAUUUGGCCGCAUACAUAGCAAAACGAAGUACAGUGCAUCGCUAUAAUUCAUUAAUACAUCAUAAAUCGUGAAGCACAGGGUUAUAACGACCACGAUCCACAAAUCAAGCCCUCCAAAAUCACCCAAAUGAGCUCGUACUUUGUAAACUCCUUCUCGGGGCGUUAUCCAAAUGGCCCGGACUAUCAGUUGCUAAAUUAUGGCAGUGGCAGCUCUCUGAGCGGCUCUUACAGGGAUCCCGCUGCCAUGCACACCGGCUCUUACGGCUACAAUUACAAUGGGAUGGACCUCAGCGUCAACCGCUCCUCGGCCUCCUCCAGCCACUUUGGGGCGGUGGGCGAGAGCUCGCGCGCCUUCCCUGCGCCCUCCCAGGAGCCCCGCUUCAGGCAAGCGGCGUCGAGCUGCUCCCUGUCCUCGCCCGAGUCCCUGCCCUGCACCAACGGCGACAGCCACGGCGCCAAGCCCUCUGCUUCGUCCCCCUCCGACCAGGCGACCCCGGCCAGCUCCAGCGCCAAUUUCACCGAAAUAGACGAGGCCAGCGUGUCCUCGGAGCCCGAGGAAGCGGCGAGCCAGCUAAGCAGCCCAAGCCUAGCUCGGGCGCAGCCAGAGCCCAUGGCCACCUCCACAGCCGCGCCCGAGGGGCAGACUCCGCAGAUAUUCCCCUGGAUGAGGAAGCUUCACAUCAGCCAUGAUAUGACCGGGCCGGACGGGAAAAGGGCCCGGACCGCUUAUACCCGCUACCAGACCCUAGAGCUGGAGAAGGAGUUCCACUUCAACCGCUACCUGACGCGGCGGCGGCGCAUCGAGAUCGCCCACGCGCUCUGCCUGUCCGAGCGCCAGAUCAAGAUCUGGUUCCAGAACCGGCGCAUGAAGUGGAAGAAAGACAACAAACUGAAAAGUAUGAGCCUGGCUACAGCCGGCAGCGCCUUCCAGCCCUGAGCCCGCCGGGAGGAGCCCCGGGCGGCCCAAGAGCCCGUGCUGCUCCCAGCCCUGGCCCCUCCAAGCCUCCCCGCGCUGCCGCCGCCCGCAGGGGACCGGUUCCCACGAGCCUGCCUCGCCCGGGCCUUGUGCUACGAUUUUUCGUUUGGUCUUAAGUCUUCCUGUGGCUCCCUCUCUCUUGGACUGGUUAAUCUUGUUAUUAUUGUAAUAAUAAUGAUAAUUAUUAUUUUCCCACCAUGCUCCCCACUCCCCUCUGCUCACCCCAAAUCCGCCAGUGUUUCUGAACGUUCGUGUCUGUGGUUGCACUCCUUCCCCCAGGAAAAAAAGAAACUCGCAUGUUUAAUGUGAACUUUCCCCUCCCCAUCUGUGUUCUUCUAACUUAUUUAUAAAAGGAUGAUCUCUGUAUUUUGAGUUUCAGCUAGAAACUUCUCUAAAAGGGGCAGCAGUUGAGGUCGGAUAGUGCCGCAGCACCGGGCCCAGCUGAGCUGGCCUCGGAGACCGGAGUCCAUGACUGUGUCUCAUUCCACCUUCCUCUUCCUCCUCCCUCCCCACUCCCAGGCCCAAGUCUCCCAAGACUUGGUCCUGGGGUGGGAGGGGACCAGGGAGGACCAAAGGGGUGAUGUUGAGAAGAGGGCCGGUAAAUAAUGAGAUUUAAGUUCCUGCCGCCUGGGUAGGCCACACAAGGCCUGGUCUUGGAGCAUCCGGAAACAAAAAUAAUCCUCAGUGUAAAAUGUCUUGUGUAUUUCUCUGUGAAUCUAUGGGUCUGGCAUAGAGGGCCCAAAGCUUGUAAAUAUGGGGAUAGUCUGGGUCAGAUCUAGCCUCUCCUCCCUACCCAUUUCACUUCCAAGACCAUUUGUAGUGAGCGAGUGGAUGCUGUGCUACAUGUGAAAUCUGUCUUUGCCGGGCGGGCCUGUCUCAGUGAUUCGCUUUUGGUAUUUGUUUGUAGCUUUCCUUGAAGUCAAAUAAAUGUUUCCCCUCCUCCA